UUUACUGUUAUCGCACGUGAAGAACUGAAGAGACGGAAGUAGCUUAUUAUCGAAAGUAGCGUUGUGUUUACACCGAGAGACUGAAUAGUGAAUAGUCCAUGUAAAGGCAUAUUCUAAAUAAAGAAUACUGCCAACUUUCGCACUAUUUUAAUUUGAUGUAAUUCGAAAAUGGAGAAUAUAGAGCUCGUUAUUGGCACAUAUGAGAAUUUAAUGCUGGGCUAUAAAGUGAUCAAAACAAAGAAUGAAGUAAGAUUUAGUCUAGACUUUGACUUAUUUAAAUUAACAUUAGUAACAUUAGCCGUUUUAGAAACCAUUAUAACAUUAUACUACUAAUACUAUUCUGAGUAUUCUCAGUAACAUUUACAGGGGAGUCAUUUGGGUAGGGCAGGGUGGGGUAUUAGCCCUCCCCCCUCGAAUAUACAGGUUUUAUUUAAAUUGCCAUGUUCUAUGGCCUCUGCAGUUAUAAAAAACAAGCCAACCAAGUUUUGCCCCCCCCCCCCCCCAAAUUACGCCCCUGCCCAGUAAAUUUAAUACUAGCCUUACUUAUUACUUAAUUUACUUAUUCCAUUAAUCAUUUAAUCAAAGUCGGUAAUCUGAUUACCAUCAAAGUCUUAACCUAACUCAUCCUAAUUGAACUAAUUGAUUGAAUUUGAAUGACUGACAUUGACUCCACUUAUGAUUGAGACGCGCUCAACACGGAGUGUUGACAGUAAUGAAAUAGCAAUACAAGUAAAGUCCUUAAGAAAGUCUUACUAGUACUACCCUAAAUAAACAGUAGCACUAAAUAAAAUGACUAAAACUUACUAUAUAGGUAGCAAGAGAAGAGCUGUUGUAAAUUUAGUAAAUGGACAUUGUGAUUAUACUGUAGGCCUGUUAUACAAAUGUAUACUUACCAAUAGAGGGAGGUACCUUACUAUUUAUACUAGGCAACUGUUUUGUCCCUGCAUUUAUUUAUUUACAAUCUAAAUAGUGUAGUCUAGUGUAGUAACUGUUGUGUUGCUUUAGGACACAAACACAGGAGUGAAUGUUAAUAGUCAAAACUUGGUACUGUGCUCAGAUGCUCUGAGGAAAUUUUUUUAGUACCGUUACCUAUAUAUUAUAUGCUAUGAGUAUGUUGUUUCCUUAUCUUACCUUUACUUAAGGCUUAAGGACAAAUUGGAUUUACUCAUCUGGAUCAUAUAACGCUUCAAUAUGAAAUAACAUCAUAUUGGAAAUGCUCUCUACCUAAAUAUAAUAAUUGGCAAGGCAGGGAGUAAAGGCAAAGCAGAACAAUUUCAGACCAGACUUUUUCCAAUUGUUAGAAAUUAGCUAGUUUUUUUUCCAGUUUUUAGAAGGUUGGGGAGGGUUGUUUCAAGAUCUUCUGAAAUGAAUUAGUGCUUAGUUUAUAAUUAUUUGUAUUAGUCUGUUUUUUUUUUCAAUUAGUUUGGAGGGUUGCACAGUAUGUUUAGGAGCUGCAUGAUUUAAAUAUGAUUAAUUAUUAGAUGAUUUUAGAAUGUAUAUCUAACGAAAUCAACUUACACCCAGCUUUACAGCCUGGAUGUAAGCUUUACAGAUGACUCUCACAGAGGUGCUUUAAGAUCAAUUGGAGUUUCACCAAUUGGCAUUCUAGCUUCCAGUAGCACAGAUGAUUCUAUAAGGCUGCACAAUCUUAAUAAAAGAAGGGAUAUUGGAGGCCUUUUUGAACAUACUGGUAGGCUCCAAUUAAUGUUUUUCCAGGCUUAAUUAUAUGGCUUAAAAAUAUAUUAAUUAAAAAACAAAUUGUUUAUGUUUUUAUCAAAUUUUAUUUGAGUAUAAUAUAUUUCAUUUAUAUUGUAAUUGUCCCUAGGUACAGUAAAUUGUCUCACAUUUUAUGGAACAAGCCACAUGUUUUCAGCUAGUGAAGAUGGAAAUAUUUGUAUGUGGAAAAGUAAAAACUGGGAAAUGCUCCGCACUCUAAAAGGCCAUAAGUAAGUUUUAAGAUAUGACAGUUAGUUCCUCAAUGAAAAUUUAACAUUUAUGUGUAAGCAUUCAGAAAAGUCAUAAGUACUUAUAUGUCUUAUUUUAUGAAAAUAUAGGACCUUCAUAAAUAAUUUAAAAAUUGAUUCAUGAUCUUAAGUUGGUUUUAAGAUAUGACUGUUCCUUUUGUCAAUUUAACAUUAUGUGUGAAAAUUCAAGAAAGGCCUUAGUAAUUACCGGUAUAUGUCUUAUUUCAUUAAGAUACGGGGCCUUCAUUAAUAAUGUUAAUAUCUCAGUCUAUUAUGUUUGUUAGUAGAUUCACUUUGUAUUUCACUUUGUUUAGAGCUAAAGUAAUACAAAUUUUAAAGUAGAUGUAUUGAAUGUGGAAAUUAUUGUGUUUUUAUUUUUAUCUUAACUGAAAUUGGAGGAAAAUAUUUUUUGACUCUCUCUUAUAAUUUUAACCAUUUAGAUCUCAUGUGAUGUCCAUAGCUGUACACCCCAGUGGAAAACUUGGCCUUUCAGUUGGCAGCGACAAAAGUUUUUUGACAUGGGACCUAGUCACUGGGAAGAUGGCAUUUCAAAGAAGACUAAAAGAAUGUAAAUAAACAUAUGCUUUUGUUAACUCCUAAAUAAUAGAGAUUUAAAGAAUACUUUUAUACAUUUUAGUAAGCCUGUAUCUUGAAAUAAACUUUUUUUGGAAUUGAUUGGAUCAAAUAUACAAAAAAAGAAAUAAAGAGCUCAAUUUUUUUUUUUAUAUUUUUUUUUCAGUGGCACAGAUUGUUUUAUUUACAAAUAGUGGUGACCAUUAUAUUUUGGUUUACCAAAGAAAGAUUGAAGUUUGCUCGCUUGAGGUGAGUGGAUAGUUUUAUAAAUGGUCAUUUUUAAGAAGAGAUAAAUUAAAGGAUAUAUUUAAAGUUUUUUCAAAAUUUAUUUUCUCUUUUUUAGGAUACUUCCACAGUGAAAGAAAUACCUUUAGCAUGGAGGAUCAAUUCUGUUUGUUUCAUUGAGGUUAGGGAAGUAUUUCCUGAAGUUAACUUCUUAGCAUAUUAAUUCAACCUACUCAAAUAUUGAGGCAUGUUAUCUAGACUUAUGUCUUGUGAUCCAGCAUUUUACAAUGCAAAUCAUGAUCAGGACAGCAUUUAAGUCACAUCAAAUGCAAGAACUUCACUACAACUUUGAUGCUCACCAUCAUAUAUUUUAAGAAAAUCUGUGAUUAUAUCUUAUGUAAAUUCUUUUAUUUAAUUACACAUCAGUCGACUAGGUUUUUUUAAUUAUACAGACUGCACCUGUUCAUAGCAGUCUAACGCAAUUAAUUUGGUAAAAGAAAGUUCAUUGUUAAUAUUAUUUUAGUCUCUUUUCUUAGCUUGCUAUUCUCCUUAUUUUUUACCCCAAAUUCUGUUACACAAGAACCAUUAAUAAAGAAAAUUGUGACUGAUUAAAAUAUUUUUUUCAGGGUAAUCUCAUUGCGGUUGGUGGCGAUGAUAGAAAUGUCAUAAUUUUUGAUGUUCUGAGUGGCAAGCAGGUGCUAUCAUUAGACUGUGCCAAGCCUGGGGAUAAAACUUUUAACAGGUGAACAUUCGUUGUAUUACUGACAUUGCUUUUAUUAAGUUAAAAUCUUACUUGUAUAUUUCCUUGCUCACAAACGCUGUUUUGCACACGCUUUUUAAAGUGUUAAUUCAGCAGUUAACUGAUGUUACUGAACUCAGUUUGUUAUCAGUUUAAAUAUGUUUUUAAUCACUUUGACAAAGGUCUAAUUUAAAAAUCCAGAUUUUCAGCCUUAUAAAUUAUUUUUCUAUUUGAUUUUUUUUUUUGACGACACUGCAGGUUGGUUGUAAAUUGUAAUAUUUUUUUUUAAAUUUUAAUCUUUGCAUUUGAUGAUGUUUUUGUUUAAUAUAUGGACUCUACCAAUUUUAAUAUAUUUUAGCCGUGUACGAAGUGUUUGUGUUGUAAAUAAUGAAGAGGACAAGCUCGUUGUUGCUGGAACUGCUAUUGGAAACAUAAUGAUGUUCAAAGUCAGCUUGAAGGAGGUAGUAUUUAUAAGAAAAAUUAUAACUUUUGUAAUUGAAUGGGUAGACUUUUAUCCUUGUACAAAGUAAUAUAAAAUUGAUAAGACUAAAAUGUAUUAUACCGGUACAUUGAAUUUAACUAUGACUAGUGAGAUUUAAUAAUUGAUUUAUUGUUAUUGUUUACUAAUAAUGAAUGAAAAGCGAAGGUUAUGGUUUUUUAAAAUAAAACAAAUCAUUGAUCUACUAACUACAGUUUAAUGUAAAUUAUAAUAAUCAUUCCAACGAUGCAGAACAGGAUUUGGUGCAGUAUUGUUAAAUUGAAUUAUAAGAAAGAUUAAAUAAAUUCUUUGCCUUUUUUCAUUCUAGAGUCAAGAGGUUGUUGAGUUAGUUUUGUUUUAUGAAACCAGGGUUAGAGUAACUUGCCUUGCUGCAUAUAAUCAUUCAGCUGUGAUUCAAAGCAAUGGUAAACUUUAUUAAUUAUGACUUCCUACAUUUUUAUGUACUUUACAAUUUAUUUACCCAAUCUGUUAUUUCAUAACUGCAAUGUCAAUGUACAAUAUAUUAAAGAAAAAGUUUGCUUAAAGGUGCUGUUUUAUUAGCUUGUUUUGAAUGAAACUGCUUAUUUUAAAUUUUGUCAAAAUUUUCUUACACUUGCACCCUGACAGAAAAAAAAGAGAAAAAUUUAGCACUCAAAGCUAAAAAGAAAAGAAAAUCAAAAAAAGUAGAGGAAGCAGCUGGUGAUGAUAAUAAAAAAGAAGAAGCAGACAGCAGAGUGAUAGAAGAAGACAGCAACUCAGAAGAAGAUGAUGCUGUCAUGGAACAACCACAAAAAUCACCUAAAAAGAAUCCAAGCAAAAAAAGAAAAUUAAAUGGAGACAUCGAGAAGUCUGAGCCAGUUGAAAGAGGAAGGAGUAGACAAAAAAAGGGUUAAUUUCUUUAAAAAAAAAAAUUAUUGUCUUUUUAUUUUGAAUUUCAUUGAGACCUUAACCUUUUAAAACUUUAAACACCCUUUUAAAAUACUUAACGUGGGUUUGUUUGUUUGGGUUGGACUUCUUUGAGCCCAUAUUUCUGUUGGUUUGUGACAUCACAAUCUCGUGGUACAUUUUGAUAUACCGGUAUUUAGUUUAGGCUGCCCUGCUAUUAUUCCCUUCUCUAAAUCUGUUUGCUCGGUGCUAAUGGCCAAUCUCAACAUAUUUAACACAUUGUACCCCUCUUGUACAUGGUGAUCGAUGAUGCAGAUGUCUUUAUAAAUAAUGCGCAAGAAAUUGAUUGGCCAUAUUAUUGACUGGGCUAAGUGGCCCUUACCACAAUCAUCUAAACAAUGUUUAUUUAAAUUUUUGAAUAAUUGGUCAAACCUCCUGCGCAGUGACCCAUGAUUUUAAAGGUAGCUGAUAAAAAUAGAAUAGAUUUUACUGUGGCCAUUAGUCUAAUGUAAUAUUAGCAGUGUAAUAGUCUUGAUAUAAAAUGGGUUACAGAAAAAAUGUUUUAUUUACUUUUUUUAAAUGAAUUUUUAAAAGUUAAUCUAGGCAUCUUACAAUAGUUCCAUAAGUUAGAAUAUUUUUUAUUCAUUGUUAUAACAUGUUCAUUUCAGUUUCAAUUCAGCCACAGAAAGAAGAUAACAAGAAAAAGAAACCUAAGCAAAAAUGAUUAAAAUUAAAUUAUUUUUGUAUAUAAAAUAAAUUACUAAAAAGGUUAUGAUACAUUUUUGUUGUGUUUUUCUAGAUUUCACGUUCAGCUGUUUUGAGUCAAAUAAAUACAACAGUAAUGUAGAUAUGUAAAAUUAAUUUCUGUUAAACUUUUCAAAACAAAGUAUUUAUCAAUGAAAUUUCUCCUUGAUAAUACUUAGAGCUUUGCAUUUAAGCCAGUCAUGUGCAAAUUUAUCACCAAUUUAUGACUUUUAGUUUUCUUGUUUAUUUAUGAAGAAAAUCAUAAUCUCAUACAUUAACACUGGUUACACCUGAUCUGCUUUAGAACA